AUGGACAUCAUGGGAAUUACGGCUAUGUCUCCAAUCUUGUGGAAGGGCCUAGGGAGGACAAUUGAAGAUCAGAAGAAAUUGGCCCUGGAGUUUGGACAGAAGAAGAGCAUGUUUGCUACGUUCAUGUGCAGUGUGAAUUCAAAAGAACUCCUUCGCUUGUGUCAAUUUAAGCUGAGUGCAAGACUUUUGUACGAGAAGAUUGAGCAUUAUGCGUUUUCUCACCCAGAGAGAUCGGAGUGGCAUUUGGCAUCAAGGGAUUUGCCGAUACUGAUGACAGCAGACAUCUUUGAGUGGCAAGAUCCAUUCUUUUCUUCCGUAGACAGAGUGUCAUUUCAGCUCCUCGAUUCCCCGGAGAUUUACUUGAGUGCUCAGGAUGCGAUUUCGUGCUAUUUUGCUCCCGACGUGUUCUUGCGUCAGGAAGACUUUACGCACCCUCCACCAAUGUCUUCUGAACUAAUCGCAAGGAAGAAAGCGAGUAAACGUUCUAUUGAACUAGAGGGAAUUUACGCCACCAGUCUUGGAGAUCUCCACUGGAAGAAGGGCUACAAAGACAGCGACGAAAGAGCUGCACUUCAGGCUGUGUUUAAUGAAAUCUUUAACGUGAAGAAGAUGCUCGCCCUUUCGACGAGGUCUGGGGGCUUGGGUCUACGGAGCGUGGCCCGGCACAGUGUUGCCGGCUACGCGGCUUCACUCUUGGCCACCGCGCCCUUGUGCAAAGACAUCGAUGGCAACUAUGAUGAGGAUCAGGGUGCCGCUUUGCACCAGGUCAACCUCGCGCUCCCACCUGCCGACCACUUCCCGGUCCCAGCCCCGCACCCUCUUCGGCAACAAGAGUUGUCACGCGCGCUGGACCGGGUCGUGAUCGCGCAGCUGGCCGCGCCUGGCCCUGGGCGCGAAGCUUACCGAGCCCAUUUCCAACUUCUGCAGCAAGAAGGGGCGGGGGCUUGGCUCCACGCUGUUCCAAACGAUGCCUUGGGCCUCCACGUGGUCACUCCCCUCUUCCGAACCAUGGUCCGCUUGCGGCUCCGCUUGCCCAUCGCCGACUCUGACAUGGCUUGCCCCUUAUGUGAUGGCACCUCGGAUAGCUUCGGGGACCAUGCCCGUGUGUGCCCCUGCGGGGGCGACAGGGUCAAGAGACACAACCAAUUGCGCAACAUCCUGGCCGGGCGUGCCCGCGCCGCUGGCUUGCAACCGGAAGUUGAGAAACCGAACUUGCUCCCUCCGCGGCCGGAGCUCCACGGGGGCACCGAAGAUGGAUCUCUGCCUCGUGGAAAUGGCUGCCGCCCGGCUGAUGUUUGGAUCGCCAACUGGAACCUCCAUGGUCCUGCCGCCUUCGAUGUGGCGGUCACUUCUGGCUUGCGGCAAGGCCACCUUGCCGCUUCCGCCGCUGAUGGCAUGGACUACGAAGUUCGGAAGUGCCGCCACUUGGAUACGUUGCAGGCCUGUGCCACUGAGGGGCUGCAAUUCAUUCCCCUUGUGGUUGAAGCUUGUGGGGGAGGCUGGGGGCCCACUGCUUUGAAGACGUGGAGGACCAGCGACUCGCGACAGCAGCUCUGUGGAACUGCAGCGCCUGCUACAGGCCCUGAGCCUUGCGUUGCACCGGGAGAAUGCCAGGGCAAUCAUGCGGCCCUCGAGCGAUUUCGCCAGUUGGGCGAUGAGACGGGCGUAGCAGACACCAUCCGAAUCAAGAUCCACGUCUUGUGCUUCAAGGACCGGCGGAAAGAAGCCAACCAAAUCGCGCGUGAGGAGCUGGCGCGGAUCCGGACGCAGAAGGAUCGAAGCGGCGAAGCAAAGAUGCUGCUCUCUCUAGCGGAAGUGAACACAGAACGUCGCGGCUACAAGAACCGUGAGGAAGCACGGGUUUGGGCCAAUGAGGCAUUGACGAUGUUCCGAAAGGAGGGCAACAAAAAGAUGGAGGCCUACACUCUCAUUUGCCUGCUGAACAUCAACAUGAAGUGGAGGGGAGACAAGAAGAUCAGUUGCCAAGAUGGUUUCGACUGCGCGGUGAAUGCCUGCAGCAUCUUCAAAGCCAUCGGUGAUAGGAGAGGCGAAGGCCUGGCCAUGCACGGUGUGGCUGUAGCACAAGUGCGCGCGGAAGUGAACGAGGUGGUGCUGCAGGGCGCAACCAGCUGGGAGGCUGCUGCAGAUGAGGCUGUCCGGCUUUUCCGCGAGAGUGGCCAAAAGAGAAUGGAAGCCUUUGAACGGGUCUGUGUGGCCCAAUGGUACAUGGGCAUCAACCCUCGGAAGGCCAUGAAGUUGGCUGAGGAUGUCAUGAAGUACGGAAUCGGCGGCUCUGAGCGCUGGGGAGCCGAGAAAGGCGCCGCUGGCGCCAAAAGCCAAAACGAGCCGCGAGGGAGGACGUGA